AUGCACUUACCCUCCCCCCCCCUCUCUGUCCAAAGUGGCGUUGAAAACUGCAAACGUUUUGAGGAAAGUAUGGAACAAAUGAGUUUUAUUAGUUCUUCGUCCACUGGGUACAGUUCUGCUAAAAGCAGUGUUCACAGUCUCAGAAGCAGUGAGGGAUCUUUCUCGUCGAAAUCAGUCAAUCGUAUCACCGAGAGACAAGCGGUUACUCUUGAGUCGUUACUUUCCGCAGAACGCAGAGUAAAACUUAUGCAAAGCACAACUACAACACAGUUUGAUCAAAUAGCUAUGGAACUGUUAGAAACAGAGAGGUGUUAUGUGAAUGAUCUAAGCGACGUCAUACAGGGGUACUUAAAUGUGUUCAUUGAUCGUAGAGAGCAAUUAGAAAUAACUCUAGAUGACAUCUCAAACACCUUUGGUUGCAUCGAGAAGAUCUAUUUCUUCAACAAAACUUUACUCUACCAUCUCGAUAAAGCGUUGUUCAACGUUGUAGAAGUUAGCAUUUAUGUUACGACCUGUAACUUCAGCUGUCUUCAAUUUUUCCUUUAUUGCCUGAAAAUGGCUAAUUGUUUUACGGAAAGUAUUGACGGUUUUAAGCCUUACAUCACAUACUGCGCUAACUACCAGAAGAUGACAUAUACUUUAUCCAUACUGAUGAAGAAUGAGAGGGUGAAAAGUUGUUUGACGGAACAGCAGGCUGUGCUAGGUCAUUCGCUUGACCUGGCUGCUUAUUUGUUAAAACCGGUUCAACGGGUUCUUAAAUAUCAUCUUUUUAUGGAAAACUUGUUGAAACAGUCCACAAAAAUUGGAGCACUAUCUGAAGCUGACAUUGGAAUUAUUAAGAAAGCUCUAAAACAUUUAAAUUCACUAGGGAAUAAGAUUAAUGAAGAGAAGAAAAAGGUCGAACAUUGGGAGCGAGUUUGUGAACUGCAACUGGCUCUUAAUAGCUGUAGAUUUGGUAAACGAGUGGAUUUACUCAGAUGCGGUGACUUAUUACUUGAGGGAAACUUCAAGUUAGCUGGCUCUAAGACAACUCGGCAGGUAUUUCUUUUCGAAGAAAUGUUAUUGGUCACUAAAGAGCGGAAUGACGCACUGCUCUGCAAAGAUUACAUAAUGGCUUCAUGCGUGGAAGAGAAAAAAAGGUGGAUGAGAGAGUUGGGGAGGAUUAUAUCAGAAUAUGGUGAAGCAUACAAUGCUGGGGUUGCGAGACAGUGGACUUCUUGUGAAGGCAGUUCUGAGGCACGAAUUCGUAAGAAUCAAAAAUUUUCGAGGUAUGUCAGAAAGAGGAGGAAAAUGCGUCUUAUUGGCACACCGAGGUCGAGUCCUUCGACGUCAAAGACUGAUUCGACAAACAGUCACGAAACACCAAGGAAGCGUAGAGGUAGAAGUACUGUCAAGUUGAAGCUUAACGCCUCCAUCAAAAACCGUUCGGCUUGUUUUCAUGAUUCUGAGCAUUCAUCUUACUCAGCUUCCUUCUUCUCAAAUAUGCUUGGAAGAAAGUCACUUGAAAGCAGCGAUGUUAAAAAUGCAGCUCCAAGAGGGAGAAGACGAUUGUCUUACAGUGCUUUGACCUCGGGUUGCAUUUCUUCGUCUGAAAGUCCUGAUAUAAAGCAAGGCAAAACAGGCAAAGAAGUAUUCAGUUGCAACUGCAACAGAACGCAGCCGACCGUAUCACCGAUUUUAUGCGGUACAUCUAAAUCUUCGGCAUUAUGUGAUAGUAGUAGCGAAUGUUCUUUUAUCAAAGCUUCUAAGGAUGACUCACUGAGAGAGCACAACGGAUCGUUUGGAGAGGAUGAGGUUGUUGAUAUAACUGUUAAUCGGAAAGUGCCAAAAAGCCAAAGACCGAAUCUGUUGAAAUUUCCUUUCAAACCUAGUAAAGAAAAAAAGCGGAAUCACGGGUCAGGCUUCUCCUGUGAUAGUGACGGAGCGGAAUCCCAUUCAGUUUUUUUAAGUCGUUUACAUGAAGCGUACUGUUCCUCUCCAAUUUCUGCCGAUUCUAACUCGUCAAUCAACCAUUAUCGAAACCUCUACGUCAACUCAAUUGAAAACGAUUCUGACGCCUUUAUAAACGGUUCGGCAUUUGGAAAGUAUCUUGAUGAAGAAGCGCAGAGAAGGCUGACAGAAUGUGAAAGAACGGGUGGAAAUAAUGAUGUCACAUUAAAUCUAGCGGUGACAACAGACUCUCUGGCUGCUUGUGAAAGGUUUCAAAGUAAAAAGGUUCCUGGGAAAGUGACUUCCCAUCGUAGGCGUUCUUCACAAGUUGCCAAACUUGUAAGGCGCUUUAAAGAAAAUCAAAUUUUAGAAAGGCCGCCAGAUGAGAAAGUAAAUCAGCAGUCAAGCGGUGAUUUACAUCAGCCUUUUCUUGACGAAAUUUCCCAGGCAGCGAAAAGGUUAAAUUCGUUUGCUAUAACAAACAGUAGAACUAGCAAAAUCAGUAAAGAUGCUUUAGUCGCUUCAGCACGGCGGCGAGCAACCUUAGCUGUUUCCCAGCAAGGAGAAUCGUGUAAUUUAGUUACUGAACUUCAUUCUGGAGCUGAAAAAAAGCUGCUGAACCGUUCGAGGAGUCGGCCAUUGUCAGCUGGAGAAAUACUGUAA